UAAUCGGCGUUAUUCUGAAUCGGCGCAAAUCGAGAACUACCUGUACCAGUUUUCUAAAAAUGGCUCACUGUUCAAAAAUAAUGCUACAGAACAUAAUAUAUAGAUCUCAUUCUGAUCUAAUUUUAAUUUGAAACAUUUUUAAUACAAUAAAUAUUUAAUUAAAUACAAAGUAAAACAAAUUAUGACUAUGUAACGUGAUAUCUGUAGUGUGAAAUUUCAUGCAAUGGAUCUCUAAUGAAUGGACAUCUAGGCUUCUUUUUGAGAAUUCACAAACACGAGGAAUCUACACAUCUUACUACCGCGAGACAGUGAAGUUCCAUCGACUUGAGACUGCGUAUGACUACUUUGUCGCGGUCUGUGAAUGCAUGUUCGUAGCAUUCAUAUUUUUCUACACCAUAGAAGAGAUAGUGGAUAUCGUGGUCUUAAAACGCAUUUGCAUUCAGUCUGUAUGGAAUGGUUUCGAUCUGAUCAUUCUUAUGAUUGGCUAUUUUGUUAUAUGGAUGAGAAUCUCUAGCUAUGUGAUUAUUGAACCACAAAUAAUUCAACAUAUUUCUGACGAGAAGUUAGCAAACUUUUACUCAUUUCAUUACUAUCAAGACUUUUACGACGAUGCAACUCUUCUUCUGUUUUUAGUAACAUGCCUCACAAUCAUCAAAUACGUGUGUAUAAUAGACAAUAAUUUUGAAUUCGUCAAUCCGCUUUUGAGGAACUGGAAGGAGAUUACUGCAAUUUCAGUUGUCAUCAUCGUUAUUUAUGUCACAUGCAUUCAUAUGUCAUACACAAAUUAUUGUUGUAAAGGUGAAUGAUUUCCAAACAUUUUCGACGACUGUCUCAACACUUUGAGAAAUUGAUGUCAAAACUUGGAUAUGAAAGGAAGAAUCGCGGGGAAGAUAAUAAUUCAGAUAAUCUAGUAAAGUUAAUUUAAAAAUAUUAUUGUCUACUUAAUUCUGAUUUACUGAAGAUUUUCAUGUGUAUUCAUUUAUUAAUUUACUACAGUAAUUCAAAUCCAAAAUUUUGUGUUGAUGGUGCGUUUCAAAAAUAACAAGUUUUCUGGAUGCUUUCCAUUGUCUAAUACAAUACAAUCCUGUGUACGGAGUUGGGAAUUAGCUCUACAGAUUGAUCCUAGCAGAUAGAGUUCCAUCUUCGAAAUGUCGUGUAAUUUUAUGAUUUUAUUAGACGAUGGAAAAUACUCAGAAAACCUUAUAUUUGACUACAGUUACAUUCAUUUAUUUCUUCAGACAGAAUUUCAAUAUUGAAGACAAAAUGUUAUUGAUUAAUAUUUCUAUUACACCACAGAACACUGCUAUAAUUAAAUUUGCGUGAACUUAUUUUUGAUUUGA